CCGAGAGACAGUCCACUUAAAUGCAGCUCCAGGGUUGCGGGACUCCCACCAGCAUCACUCCCCGUGUGAGGUGGCAAAUGCAACAUGAUCUCCAGCUUGGGGUGUCUACUUCUCUGUGGAAGUAUUGCACUAGCCCUGGGAAAUGCACAGAAAUUGCCAAAAGGUAAAAGGCCAAACCUGAAGGUCCACAUCAAUACCACAAGUGACUCCAUCUUCUUGAAGUUCCUGCGUCCAAAUCCUAAUGUAAAACUGGAAGGUUUUCUCCUGGGAUAUGGCAGCAACUUAUCACCAAACCAGUACUUCCCUCUUCCUGCGGAAGGGAAAUACACUGAGGCCGUGGUCGAUGCUGAGCCUAAAUAUCUGAUAGUCGUGCGGCCCGCUCCUCCUCCCAGUCAAAAGAAGUCUUGUUCAGGUAAAGCACGAUCUCGCAAACCUCUCCAGCUGGUGGUUGGCACUCUGACACCAAGCUCAGUCUUCCUGUCCUGGGGCUUCCUCAUCAACCCUCACCACGACUGGACAUUGCCAAGUCACUGUCCCAAUGACAGAUUUUAUACAAUUCGCUAUAGAGAAAAGGAUAAGGAAAAGAAAUGGAUUUUUCAACUCUGUCCGGCCACUGAAACAAUUGUGGAAAAUCUAAAGCCUGACACAGUUUAUGAAUUUGGAGUGAAAGACAAUGUAGAAGGUGGAAUUUGGAGUAAGAUUUUUAAUCACAAGACUAUUGUUGGAAGUAAAAACAAAGUAAAUGGGAAAAUCCAAAGUACCUAUGACCAAGUCCACACAGUGCCAGCAUAUGUCCCAAGAAAGCUAAUCCCAGUAACGAUCAUCAAGCAAGUGAUUCAGAAUGUUACUCACAGGGCCUCAACUAAAUCACCAGAAAAGACUCCCUAUGGAGGAACAAUACUGGUCCACCUUGUUAUUCCAGGUCUUAAUGAAACCACCAUAAAACUUCCUACCUCCAUAAUGUUUGAGAUUUCGGAUGCAAUCAAGACACAGUUAGCUAAGAAUGAAACCUUAGCACUGCCUGCUGAAUCUAAAACACCAGAGGUAGAAAAAAUCCCAGCACAGCCCGUAACAGUGACUCCUGAAUCAGUUCCAAGAACCACUAAACCCACUGUGUCUAGUGCGUUAGACAUUUCAGAAACAAUACCGGUUCUCAGGGGAAGGACCCCCGAAACACCGCAAACUAUUUUAAUACCUAGGUUUGAAUUGCCACUGAGCACUCUAGCUCCGAAAAGGCUUCCAGAAUUUCCUCAGGCAAAAACACCCUUCCCUUUUGAGAAACCUGGGGGCACCUUGGCUUCAAGUCAAAAGCCAUGGAUUGUGCCUACAAGUAAAAUAUCUGAAGAUUCCAAAAUUCUACUGCCUCAAACUGCCACUUACGAUGUUUUCUCAAGCCCUACAACAUCAGAUGAGCCUGAAAUAUCAGAGCCCCACACAGCAACAAGCGAUCCAUUUCUGGAUUCUGUCCCAUCUAAAACUUCUAGAACUCUUGAACAGCCAAGGGCAACACUGGCUCCGAGUGAAACAACGUUCGUUCCUCAAAACCUGGAAAUCUUUACCAGUCCUGAAAUGCAACCUACAACACCUGCUCCCCUGCAAACUACAUCUGUCCCUUCUACACCUAAACGACGCUUCAGGCCCAAAACACCAAGAACUAAACCUGAAAGAACCACAAGUCUUGGAACAAUUACAUCUAAAAUUUCUAAAAGCCCUGAACCUACACGGACAACACUGGCUCCCAGUAAAACACAAUUUAUUUCUUUGAAACCUAAAAUCCCUCUCAGUCCAGAAGUGACACACACCAAACCUGCCGUGGAACCUGAGACUCCACCACCAUCACAGCCGCCAAUAGUCUUAGAACCUGGAACACUGGGAACUAAACCUUCAACAACAACAUUAGCUCCACCAAAGACCAAACGACCAGGUCGUCGUCCCCGCCCUAAAACCACACCUACUCCAGAUGUGCCCAAGUCCAAACCUGCUCUGGAACCUGCUACGGUACAACCAGAGCCCUUGGUGCCCACAGUUGAUUCAAAAUCACCAAAGCAAUUACUUCCUAAACCCAAAACCACAGCAAAACCGGAUACACCACCACCUAAAUCCGUCUUUGAGCCUGUUACAUUUGAGACCGAAGCGCCCUCCACAACCAUAGUUCCUGCCACAGACAUUGAACCUGUAACUCUGAGAACUGAGGCUCCUUGGACAACAUUAGCUCCAAAAACAUCACAAAGAACAAGAACACGUCGUCCACGGCCACGGCCACGGCCACGGCCACGUCCACGUCCACGUCCCAAACAUAAAACCACGCCAAGCCCAGAGACAUCUCAGGCCAAACUAGACCUUGAACCUGUUACUACUGGGACAUCUUUAGCUCUAACAACAACAAAGAGACCCCGUCGUCCGCGUCCCAAACCUAAAACCACGCCCCAUCCAGAAGUACCUCAGACCAAACUGGUUCCUGCCACAAUCCCUGAACCAGUUAUUCUUAGGACCGAGGCUCCAGGGACGACAGUAGCCCCCAAAGUGCCUCAACGAACUCGUCAUCCACGUCCCAAAUCUAAAACCACACGGAGUCCUGAAACACCUCAGACUGAACUGGUUCCUGCUACAGUCCUUGAAGCAGUUACUCCUAUCAAAGAGGCUCCAGGGACAGCAUUCGUUCCUGUUACAGACCUUGAACCUGUUACUUUUACAACUGAGACCUCUGGGACCACAUUAGCUACCAAAGCAUCACAAAGACCUCGUCGUCCACGUCCCAGACCUAAAACCACACCAAGCCCUCAAGUACCUCAGACCAAACCGGUUCCUGCUGCAGUCCUUGAACCUGUCACUCUUAGACCGGAGGCCCCCAGAACAACAUUAGCUUCCAAAAUAUCACAACAGACAAUUCAUCCACGUCCCAGACCAAAAACCACACCAAGUCCUGAAGCACCUGAGUCCAAACCAGUUCCUACUGCAGACUUUGAACCUGUUACAUUCAGAACUGAGGCUUGGGUGACAACACAAGCUCCUAAAACAUCAAAACGGACCCGUCAUCCACGUCCCAAACCUAAAACCACACCAACUCCUGAGGCACCUCAAACCAAACCGGUUCCCACUGCAGAUCUUGAACCUGGUACUUUUAGAACUGAAGCUCCAGAAAUCGUGGUUCUUCCUACAGUGCUUGAACCUGUCACUCUUAGAACCAAGGCUCCAGAAACAACGUUAGCUCCUAAAACAUCACGAGUUCGUCAUCCACGUCCCAGACCUAAAACCACAUCAAGCCCUGAAGCACCUCAGACCAAACUGGCUCCCACUGAACUGCAUACUCUUAUUUUGAAACCAGUGACAUCACCAAGCCUAGAAAUGACACAAAGUCAACCUGUUUCUGAAGUCCUGGAAUUGGUUACAUUUAGCACUGAGUCAUCAAAGGAAGCUAUAGCACCAACUGAAAUAGAUUAUGUAUAUUCCACUGCCAAAGUACCACUCAGGCCAGAGGAGCCAAAGACUGAAGUUGUGGAAUCUAUUACAAAUGUGUCUGAACCACCUGAGACCACACUAGAAACAUCACCUCUGCCUUCCCAAACUGUAAUCCUACCCAGCCCAGAUGAGCCUCAGACUGAACCGGUGCCCAAGCAGACACCGCGAGCUCCUCCCAAACCAAAAAUAUCUCCACGUCUAAGAAUCACACCGACACAGCCAGCUCCUAAGGUGUUCCAGCGUGUUACUCCAAAGCCAAAGACAUCACCAAGUCCAGAAGUGUCCUAUACUCCGCCUGUUCCAAGAGAUGUGCUCCUUCCCCAUAAACCAGACCCCGAAGACUCUCAGAGCGAACCUGUUCUGCAACCUGUUACCUUUAGAAUUGAUCUGCCAGAGACAACACUAGCUCCUUUAGAGACACGAGGCAGCCCUUUCAUUCCUAUGAUUUCACCAAGUUCUAGUCAAGAGGAACUACAAACCAUUCUGGCAGAAACAGACCAAUCCACCCAAGAACUCUUCACAACUAAGUUUCCACGAACAACUGAAUUGGCAAAGACAACUCAGGCACCACACAGAUUGUAUACAACUCCUGUGAAGCCCAGAACACCCGACAAACCACACAUCAGACCUGUUCUGAAUAGGACAACUACAAGACCUAGUAGACCCAAACCCAGUACAAUGCCCAAAGGGAAUGGAAUGGGAACAGGGGUCAAGCAAGCACCACUGCCAUCCGGUGCUGAUAGAAAUGUGUCAGUGGACUCUUCUCACUCCACAAAAAAACCAGCUACAAUCCCAGGCAUUCUUCGCCCACCCUUGCCACCUAGACCCACGCCCCCACGAAGAAAGCCUUUACCACCAAAUAAUGUCACCGGAAAGCCAGGAAGCGCAGGAAUCAUUUCAUCAGGCCGAGUAACUUCCCCACCCUUGAGGGCAACACUCAGACCUACUGAAGCCCCUGUGGAGAGAACAGAGACAGAUAAAAAGCAACCAACAGCUCCUGCCUCAGGAGAAGAUCUUGGUAAUAUGACUGACUUUAGCUCAAGUCCAACAAGAGAAACUGAUCCUCUUGGGAAGCCCAGAUUCAAAGGUCCUCAUGUGCGGUAUAUCCAAAAGCCUGACAACAGGCCCUGCUCCAUCACCGACUCUGUCAAACGAUUCCCCAAAGAGGAGGCCACAGAGGGGAAUGCCACCAGCCCACCGCAGAACCCACCUACCAACCUCACUGUUGUCACUGUGGAAGGGUGUCCCUCCUUUGUCAUCUUGGACUGGGAUAAGCCACUCAAUGACACUGUCACUGAAUAUGAAGUUAUAUCCAGAGAAAAUGGGUCAUUCGGUGGGAAGAACAAGUCCAUUCAAACUACAAAUCAAACCUUCUCCACAGUAGAAAAUCUAAAACCAGACACAAGCUAUGAGUUCCAGGUGAAACCCAAAAACCCACUUGGUGAAGGCCCGCCCAGCAACACAGUGGCAUUCAGUACUGAAUCAGCUGACCCAAGAGUGAGUGAGCCAGUUUCUGCAGGAAGAGAUGCCAUCUGGACUGAAAGACCCUUUAAUUCAGACUCUUACUCAGAAUGUAAGGGCAAACAGUAUGUCAAAAGGACGUGGUAUAAAAAGUUUGUAGGGGUGCAGCUGUGCAACUCUCUCAGAUACAAGAUUUAUCUGAGUGACUCCCUCACAGGAAAAUUUUAUAAUAUAGGUGAUCAGAGAGGCCACGGAGAAGAUCACUGCCAGUUCGUGGACUCAUUUUUAGAUGGACGCACAGGACAGCAACUCUCUUCUGACCAGUUACCCACCAAAGAAGGCUAUUUCAGAGCAGUUCGCCAGGAACCUGUCCAAUUUGGAGAAAUUGGCGGUCACACCCAAAUCAAUUAUGUCCAGUGGUAUGAAUGUGGGACCACAAUUCCUGGAAAAUGGUAGAUGCUGCAAUCACGUUCAGAAGUGCCUUCUGUUUCAUCAUGGCAAAAAAUAAUUGGAAACAGUAUGGUAUUUGUCACAUGCAUUUAAAGCUCUUAUGUUUACUGUGUAUAAAAGUUUAAAAUCUAAUUAAUGGCAAUAUUAGAUGUUUACUAGAAAGAUUGCUAAGAAUAUUUAUCAGGUUUUACAAAGUCAUUUAAAGAAAGCAAAAUAUUGACAUUAACAGAAUAACAUUUUUGGGGAAGCUGGCUCCCUGUUCAUGGUAUUUUAAGAGAUCAUGUGUAUAUUAUUUAUCACACUGUUGUAAUGAUGUUUUGAGAUACUUUUAUAACAAAAUUAACAUCAAAAAACUAAUAUACUUUUUAAAAAAUACUUUUAUUGUGUAUUCUUCCUAUUGGUGAGUUAAUUCCAUAAAUCUCUACUUGGUUUAACUUAUUAGAUCAAAUUAUCUUCAGCAUAUAUAUCUGGGGGGAAAAGGUGCUAAUAUUCACAUGUUUAUUUAAACUUCAACUUUUUAUCAACAGCUGAAUAUCUUUUCUGAAGCGUUUAAAUAGUUAACCAUUCGUGACAGUAUACAUUUCCUCAAAUAUCUGCAAAUUAUUGAAAAGAUUUUGUUUGAAUCAGUAAGUUUCAUUUCAGUUGUAAAUGGAAUUGAGAAUUAUAUAUAGCAUUUCAAAAUACAUAUUUUUUUCUUUCUCUACCCAUAAACGUUACAGUGUCUGAAUGUUUUGUCAAACUAUCCCUUUAAGCAGUUGUGUUCCUACUGUUUUUAAUAUAAUUCUAAUCAAGCUAUAUACAGAGACUGACUGUAAAGUCUAAGCACAAAAGGAUAAUUAAUGCAUGAUGAGAUCCCUGCCAUUUUAUAAGAUAUUUACUAUAUUUUUACACAGAAGAUCUCUAGGGAAUGAAUGUAUCAGGGGCUGUUUUCAUAAUUCUGUCUAACCCAACCUGUAAUGAAAAUCUGACUCGUUUUUAUGUAAAAAAAAAAAAAAAGUAUUUUUCUCCUUCAUUUGGGGAGGGAGAUGGGAAUGCUGCAUUGUUGCCCUCAUCCUUAAAGGACCUUUCUGUGCUUACCACCUUUCACCAUGCUUCAGUUUUAUCAAUACUUCAUUUUAUAUUUUUCAAACAAGUAUAAACAACUCUGCAAUAAAGAGAUGUAGUUUUUUUUUUUAAGAA